CUAUCACUGCAAGAAAAAGCCUUGCAGCGAUUGGAACGACUUCCAGGUUCGCGGAGUCGAUCCAGAUCUUUGUUCAUCAACAGCUUUCAGUGUUCAUGGAGAAAUCGAAAUCAAAGAUCAACCAGAUACAGGCCCCUACUUUCGGGAACCUGAUCACCAUUCUAAGCAUAGAUGGAGGAGGCAUAAGAGGAAUCAUCCCUGCCACCAUCCUCAGCUUCUUGGAGUCCGAGCUUCAGAAACUUGAUGGCGAGGAUGCAAGGAUUGCAGACUACUUUGACGUGAUUUCCGGAACAAGCACUGGAGGUCUCGUUACGGCAAUGUUAACUGCACCUGAUGACAACAAUCGACCGCUCUUCGCAGCCAAAGACAUAAAAUCGUUUUACUUGGAACACAGCUCGAAAAUUUUUCCCCAGAUUGGAGGAUUACUGGCUGGAGUCAGAAGGAUGUUUCAAGCUGUAUGGGGACCAAAGUACAAUGGGAAGUAUUUGCACUCUCUUAUCAAGGAAAAACUAGGAGGUGUGAGGUUGCAUCAAACCCUAACCAACGUGAUAAUUCCAACUUUUGAUAUCAAGCAGCUCCACCCAAUCAUCUUCUCUAGCUACGAGGUGAAGCGUAAUAGAAUUUUGGAUGCUCGCCUUUCCGACAUCUGUAUCGGCACAACUGCAGCUCCUACUUACCUCCCAGCUCAUUAUUUCCAAACCAAAUGUUCUAAAGGAAGCUCCAGGGAGUUCCACCUGGUUGACGGUGGAGUGGCCGCUAACAAUCCGGCACUGGUUUCUGUCGGAGAAGUGACGAAGGAGCUACACAAGAAGAACCCGGAUUACUUCCCCUACAAGCCCAUGGAUUACCGCAAGAUUCUGCUGAUAUCGUUAGGUACGGGAUCGGCCAAGGUCGAAGGGAAGUUUAGCGCGAAACGCGCGAGCAAGUGGGGAGUUUUGGGUUGGCUGCUUAGUAGUGGAUCGAAUCCUUUGUUUGAUGUGUUCAUGCAAUCGAGUGCUGACAUGGUUGACAUACAUCUCUCGGUCGUCUUUCAAGCUCUCCAAUCAAAAUCGAAUUACCUUCGCAUCGAGGAUGACACCUUAUCUGGGACAGUGUCGUCCGUUGACAUCUCCACAAAAGAGAACCUUGCGGAUCUCGUGAACGUCGGAGAGCAGCUCUUGAAGAAGCCGGUCUCAAGGGUGAACUUAGAGACGGGCAUCUAUGAGCCAGUGGGGAACGGAGAAGGAACAAACGAAGAUGCACUCAAAAGGUUUGCUAGGAUUCUAUCAGAUGAGAGACGGCUCCGUGAAUUACGAUCUCCAAGCGUGAAAUCGCCUUGAAACCAUAUCGGCGCCGUUCUCUGUGACAAAGUUGGAUGUGUGUGGGUGGCAUCAAAUCAGCUGAAACUUUGAUCACUUCUUCCUGU